AUGGCGCAACACGCACCAUCACUACUUUGGAUGCUUCUGUUGUGUACUCUAUCUGCUAACGCAUCAUUUCAGCCAGCUCUGGUAUUAGAAAUGGCCAAGAUUCUUCUGGAAAACUACUGCUUCCCUGAGAACCUGGUUGGGAUGCAGGAGGCCAUUCAACAAGCCAUCAGCAGUGGAGAAAUCCUGCAGAUUUCAGACAAAAAGACCCUAGCAGCUGUGCUCACAGUGGGAGUCCAAGGAGCACUGAAUGAUCCACGGCUGACUGUCUCAUUCGAGCCAAAUUUUGUCCCAGUGAUGCCACCAGUGCUGCCCUCUCUCCCAAAAGAGCAGCUGAUUCGGCUGGUAAGAAACUCUGUCAAGAUGGAUGUCCUAGAAAACAAUGUUGGCUAUCUGCGGAUGGAUCGGAUCAUUGGGGAAGAAACAGCAGCCAAGCUUGGCUCUCUGCUGCGGGACAACAUCUGGGACAAAGUUGCUCGCACAUCCUCACUAAUCUUUGAUCUGAGGUACAGCACAGCUGGAGAACUGUCUGGAGUUCCGUUUAUAAUCUCCUUUUUUGCAGACCCUGAACCACUCAUUCAUAUUGACACUGUGUAUGACAGGCCCUCAAAUAAAACCAGAGAGCUGUGGACUAUGCCAUCGAUAAUAGGAGACAGAUAUGGAAAGAAGAAGGAUGUGAUUAUUUUGACCAGUAAGCGCACCAUGGGGGCUGCUGAGGCCGUUGCAUAUGCACUAAAAAAUCUAAAGAGGGCCAUCACAGUUGGAGAAAGGUCUGCUGGUGGAUCAGUGAAAGUCCAGAAGAUUAGGAUUGCUAAAUCGGAGUUCUAUAUAACAGUUCCUGUGGCGAGAUCGGUCAGUCCAAUCACAGGCCAAAGCUGGGAGGUCAGUGGUGUUGCCCCAACGGUCAAUACUGUUGCUAAGGAAGCUAUCGCGAAGGCCAAAUCACUUCUGGCUAUCAGGAGUGCCAUUCCCAAGGUUGUGCAAAGUAUCUCCGACAUAAUUGAGAGAUUGUACGCUUUCACUGACAGAGUUCCAACUCUUAUUCAACGUCUGCAAUCUACAGAUUUAUUCUCUGUUGUAUCUGAAGAGGAUCUGGCAGUCAGACUCAACCAUGACCUUCAGAUUGUGUCUGAAGAUCCAAGACUGAUCAUCAGAUUCAUGCAAGACCAUGCCGCCAUCAUAGAGGAGGACCCUGAGCUCUAUAAAGUUCCAGAUGAUCCCGGAUUAUUACAGGACUACAUUGAUCAAGUGUUCAAAGUGGAAAUUCUUCCGGGUAACACUGGUUAUCUUCGCUUUGAUAAGUUUGUUAAAUCAUUUGCAGCUAAACUAGAAGAGCACAUGGCUAAAAAGGUAUGGGAACCCCUCAAAGAUACUGAUAACCUAAUUAUUGAUCUACGCCAUAACACUGGAGGAUCCUCAACAUCUCUAGCCCUGAUAUUAUCUUAUCUACAGGACACUUCUCAGAAGCAUAACUUUUUCACAAUAUAUGACCGAAUUCAGAACACAACAACAGAAUAUGACUCUCUGCCCAAAAUUACAGGUCCGACGUAUGGCUCAAAGCGUGAAGUUUAUGUGUUAACCAGCUACUACACUGCAAGCAUCGGUGAAGAGUUUGCUUACCUGAUGCAGUCCUUACAUCGAGGCACAGUCAUCGGGGAAAUUACAUCUGGCACCCUGAUGCACUCAAAGACCUUUCAAAUAGAAGGGACAGAUAUUGCCAUCACUGUUCCUUUCAUAAACUUUAUAGACAACAAUGGGGAAUUCUGGCUGGGAGGUGGUGUGGUCCCUGAGGCCAUCGUGCUGGCGGAGGAAGCUGUAGACCAUGUUCAUGAGAUUGCAGAAUUUCACAGAGGACUCCGGUCCCUAAUAGAAGGUGCUGGGAAACUGUUAGAGAAACACUAUGCAGUCCAUGAAGUGGCACUACAGGCUAGCAAGGUGCUGUUAACUAAAUGGGCUGAUGGACUAUAUCGGUCAGUGGUUGACUUUGAAUCCUUGGCAUCUCAAUUGACAGCAGAUCUCCAAGAGACUUCAGGUGAUCACCGCCUCCAUGUCUUCCAUUGCGACGUUGAGCCCGAGUCACUUCAUGAGGUCCCAAAGAUCCCUACAGCAGAAGAAGUUGGAUAUAUAAUUGAUGCUCUGUUUAAAAUUGAGCUUUUGCCAGGUAACAUUGGCUAUCUAAGGUUUGACAUGAUGGUGGACAUAGAAGUGGUCAGAGCCAUUGGGUCUCAACUUCUAAAAUUGGUGUGGAGCAAGAUAGUAAACACUGAUGCCCUCAUUAUCGACAUGAGGUACAACAGUGGUGGUUAUUCAACAGCAAUUCCACUCUUGUGCGCAUAUUUCUUUGAUGCUGAACCUUUGAUACAUCUUUACACUGUUUUUGAUCGCACAACAGACACCAUGUCAGAAGUCAUGACAUUCCCUAACGUCAGGGGUCAAAGAUAUGGAUCCUCCAAAGAUCUCUUCAUCCUAACCAGCCAUAUGACUGGAUCAGCAGCCGAAGUGUUCAUACGGACUAUGAAGGACCUAAAUCGGUCCACAGUUGUUGGAGAGCCAACAAUCGGAGGGUCUUUAUCAAGUGGAACCUAUCAGAUCAGGGACAGUGUCCUGUAUGCUUCCAUCCCUAACCAAGUUGUUCUGAGCGCCAUCACUGGGAAAGUGUGGAGCUUUUCAGGGGUUGAGCCUCAUGUCAUUGCUCAGGCAAAUGAUGCUCUCUUUGUAGCACAGAGAAUCAUAGCAGCAAGACUGUUGAAGAAAGAGCAAGGUAACUAAUGUGGUAUUCUAAUGUCCUCCAAAAAAAGAUUUAUUUGUCUUGUGUUUAGGCAGCACAUCAGUGUCCAAGUUUGUGGCAUGUGGCCUUGUAGUCAGCUUUUGUCUGUGUACUGUAGCUUUAAUUUAAAGGAGGUGUUUCCUACUAGUUUCAGCCAUAAUUUUCCUUCUGUGCUGCCAUCAUCACAUCCAGAAUUGACUACUGGAAGUCUUUUCUUUAUGGUACAUCAUCCAAAUUCCGAAAUUAACUCCAGUUCAUGCAGAACUGCUGUUUGUCCGUUCACCCACUCCCAUGACCACAUCACCCCAACACUCCAGAAGCUUCUCUGGCUUACUGUCCCACAACAGAUUAAUUUCAGUCCCUCUCAUCACUCACAAAGUGCUCCUAUAAUCAGGCUUGCUCCUUCAUCACCGACUUGCUACGUCAUCACACUCCUUCCCACAGCCUCUGCUGCUCUGAUGCCAAACUCCUGUCCACUAGCCUAGCCACGCUAGACAACCCACGGCAACAAAUUUAAUUCCCUGCCAGGGUGGGUCUAGUUACCCUCCAUAAGGCUCGAGGCUGGAUUCUCCUAAAACUGGCCGGACGAAUCACCAUGAAGUGUGGAGUCAGAAGGCGGGCGUAACUAAGUGACGACAGAGGCGCGACGAUUCUGACAGAAACAACCGGCGCACAAUAAACAGUUAUGUUUCAACUCGGCUUUGGCCACAGCCCUUAAAGAUUUGAAGCUAAAAUUCAACUUGAAAGAUAAACAAAGGAUGGCACUGAAGUGUUUCAUUGAGAAGAAAGACGUAUUUGGACUUAUGCCGACGGGAUAUGGCAAAUCCUUAAUAUACCAGUUGGCUCCGCUGGUUGGGAAGCUAAUGGGACUUAGGCACAAUCCGCCGGCGCUCAAGGAACUACGUCAGCCUCCCUCCCUGUCAAGCGGUCCUAGACCCUUGCGUCUUCAAAACAUGGGUCUAGCGCAGCUAGGCUACCUGUCCACACCAGUCAGAACCAAGCACAAGACUUGUGGUGAACAUUCACUUUUUGUUGCCUCCUGUUGAUGAAACUGGAGAGUGCACUGAUUUGUCAGUGUUCAAAUUACUGCUCAAAAAAUUUUCAUAACUGAAUUUAAUCUUUCUUUUAUGGCACAUGUUAUCAUUUUGUUUUAUUGCUUUCCAUGACCAUUUUUGAUUCAUGCAAAGCAAGUUUGAGUACCCUGAAUGCACUGUUGUGUGUGUGUGUGUGUGUUUAAGUAUUAUUAUAAUGAAUAUUAAUAAUAGUUUGUAUGACAAAACUGUCAUCACAUCAUUUUUUUGUUUUUGGCUGUUUUGAGUGUUCCAUGGAAGACAUUGACACUUAACUGUCAUGAUGAUACCUUUAUAAAGGAAGACUAGAGAAAAAAUUAUUUAAAUACAUAUGCCAUUCAAGAAGGGAACAAAUUAGCUGUGGAUGCUGAUCUUAAAUCUGCUCUCUGUGUCAUUAUUACUAUUGAUGACUGUUUCACAUAACAAUAGCCCCAUUUCCUUCUGUACAACAAUUAUUGUAAAUAAAACAACUACUGAUUAAAAUUAAUGCACCAAAAAGACUUUAAACUAUCUAACCCUUUUAUUUGCACUUCAUAAUCACAAUAAGUUAAGUUUUUUUCUCUUAUGUUGCUAUUUCUUGCUUGGUUUUCCUUUGAUCACAUGUAUAAAUGGAAUGUUUUAGAUGGUUAAUAUCCUGUUAGUCCAGUUACGUGCCAUCCCUGAUGUUGUUUGAGUCACUGUUUGCUCAUUUGCUUUGUCCUUUUGCUCAGUCUUCUGUGAUGAUGUUUAAGCUUUUCUGUUUGUUAACCAUAGAAUUUACCAGCAGAGGGAGCAAGCACCAAACAAACUUACAGCUGCCCUCCUUGUUCGCUUCACAACUGAGCUCAACUACUGCAAUCAACCAUGUAC